GACCUUCACGGUAUUACCAGCUUCAUUUCCUCGAAGAGAAGCAGUUUUCCAUUUUGUUGACUGUUGUCAGUUUUAGUUUACAGGGUUACAUCAUUUUGUCCUCAUUUGGGUGGAAUUAUCUGUUAGCUGUAGAUUACCUGCCGUUUGGAGCGGAAUGGCGGAGUCGAGCGUCAGGUAUCAGCAGCUGCCCAACGAGGAGGAGACGGAGGAGAGUCCCGAGCUUGCAUCCGAUGCUCCCCCUCCAUACAGCAGCAUCACACUGGACAGUCCUGACUACUUUGACAAGGAAGGCGGAGUUUUCCCCAAGCCUCCAUCCUACAACGUAGCGACUACGCUACCUUCCUAUGACGAAGCAGAACGAACUAAAGCUCAGACUUCUGCUCCCCUGGUAACUGGAAGAGAUGAGGACUUUGUCACAAGAGAUGAUUUUGAUGAUGCCGAUCAACUGAGAAUAGGAAAUGAUGGCAUCUUUAUGCUCACGUUCUUCAUGGCCUUCUUGUUCAACUGGAUCGGCUUUUUCUUGUCCUUCUGUCUGACCACUUCGGCAGCCGGACGCUACGGGGCCAUCUCGGGCUUCGGACUCUCCCUCAUCAAAUGGAUUCUCAUCGUCAGGUUCUCCACAUACUUCCCGGGUUACUUUGAUGGGCAGUACUGGCUGUGGUGGGUGUUUCUGGUGUUGGGCCUCUUGCUCUUUCUCCGCGGAUUCAUCAAUUAUGUCAGAAUCCGUAAGAUGGCUGACGCUUUCUCCACUCUGCCCCGUACCCGAGUCCUAUUUAUCUACUGAGCCCACAAACAACUUUUAUUUGUUGUUAUUUUUCAUGUUUCUUUUUACAUUUUCCAAUCAGAAGGGGCCAGGAGCAUAUUUUCCUCUCAUUGAAACAAAUUGAACAGUUAGACAUCAGUCGCUCCAUUUUUGGUGUAAAACGCUCUACAGCACUUGCGUUGUUAAUGGUGAACUGUAGAGUGCUUUCUAUAAUUAUGAAAUUUGAAAUGUUUGAGUACCUUACUCACAGUUCUGUUGUAGCUGUUCUCUCUUUCAGCCACCAGGGGGCAGUAUUGUAUGCGUUAUUUUUCCUCAAAUAAUGGCUCUUCUGCGCAGGAAGACGCCGAUUCUCAGCCCAGGGCUCUGUGUGUGAUUCAGGGGAUAUGGGAUGAUGCUUUUCAGUUUAAUGUGCUUUUACCUUCUCUGACCAAUGCGGUUUGUUGCUAAUGAAAUAAUAAGCCAUGCAGUAGAUGUAAAGGGAAUAUUUUUAGGUUUAUAUAUUUUUUUGUGGGUUCAGCUGCUAAGAGGACCGUUUAAAAAGCAGGUAAGGGACCACAUUUUACCAUAAAGAUAUUUUUUUUUAUGCAUUCAGAAAUUGUCUACCUACCUGGUGUCAGAGAUAUUUUUACCUUUUUAUUAUCUGCUAAGAUGUUUAAGUUGAUCACAAAAAAAACAAAAAACGUUUGGAUUUGUUUAUAAUUUGUUAUCUGGAUUUAGAUGUGCAGUGUGACAUUUCAAACUAAUAAAUCAUUGCAACACCUUAAA